UGCUAUCUCUGAAUUUUUCCAUCUCUGCCACGUUUUAGCAGAGGUACAGCUGCCGCUAUGCAAAAGCCCAAAGCCACAGAAUUCCGAAGAAGAUCCACACUUCCACUGUUUCUCUUCAUUUUGAUUACUUUAUCAACUCAUCUCCUAUUUCCCUCAAAUCUCUCUUUCGAUCUUUUCUCUUACGGCUCAAUUUGUGCGUUUCGUGGACAUAGUUAUCAGGUUUGUACUGUGAUUAGAAUAGUGACAUUUGUAAAACUCAAGUUCUCUUAACAAUGGAUCCUCAUCAAACAAAAAAACGUCCUUGCAUAACGGCAAAAGCUUAUGACAAGAAUGCCAACGACGUGAAGUAUACAGCAAUAUGACCAUGGCUGAAAAGAAUGCGCUUCUGCUGCAACGACGUCUAAAAAAAAGAGAGACAACAACUAAUCGUCUUCUCGCAAGUAAAACUUAUGUCAAUCUUGUUGAACCAGCAUCUGUCAAGUAAUUUUGCUGCUGGAGCCUCUUGUUCUCUGCCAAAAACAGCAACCAAUGAAUGUGAAGUUUGUACGCCACCCGCUGUGCUUCACAAGGUUCUACAUCAGGCACUUCAAAUGAGUCAAGUGCUAUAUCCUUUGAGCCGAUUUUGGUUGACGGAUUGUUGUUGCCUGAGAUCCCCAUUUAGUUGGUGUGCCAGUCAAGAAAAACUUUGCAGUCUAAUCAUUGGAGCUUUUCUGUCACGUGGAAAAGAAACACUUAGUGAUGACAUAACAGUUGUACGAAGGGAUCACGAACACAGAUUUCAAACCAAGAAAGGAGAAUAAGAAAUGAUACAGCUCGAGAAGAAACCAAGAGAAAACAAA